AUAUGUAUAAGUAAUUCGAGUCUCGGAGUCUGGACGAAAACAAAAAAGUUGUAACAGCGGAGUCGGAUUUCUCAACAUGAUGAUAGUGAACAUCUUCGACAUGGAUUAAUCCUUGAAACACCAAUCAUACACUACAGGAUGUUCAGAAAAUAGCGACGUUUGGCUUUCUCAAAUCGGUGAACGUCCUUGAUAAUGAGAUGUCGAUUUUAUUUACGGAAUUCGCGAUGCAUACAGAAGGGUUAGCUAUUACCUAACAAUCGAGUUUAUUACCUAGAGUUGAUACUUCUCUUCGUCGAGGUUACAAGUUUACAACUACAUACAUAACACCUGCAGCUACGACUUACUUAUACGGGUAAAUUCGAAUCGUUGAAAUUGUCUAAUUUGAUUACGAUUAGUACCGAGAUCGAUGAGACGAGCUGUUUGAAGAUACCUAUCUACUCGUAUGCCCUACGUCUACCUGCAGCAUCAUAAGAUGGAAUUUUGCACCGCGUAUAAUCAAAGUGGAAGUACGCGAGUACGAUCCACUAGAUAAAGAUGAACAAACGGAAAAAUGGCGCCUAUCAAGAAGAUGUCUAUUCACAUGAACCCGAAACCGAUCGAUAUUAUAUUCGAUAAUCUCACCUAUACCGUUUCAUAUGGCAAAUUUAAUGCUGAAAGAAAAACAAUUCUGAAAGGCGUAUCCGGACAUUUCAGAUCCGGAGAACUGACAGCGAUUAUGGGGCCCUCCGGGGCUGGUAAAUCGAGCUUACUCAAUAUAUUGACUGGAUUUCACGAAUUCGGUGUAGGAGGCUGCAUCAAAACGACGAAUCAGGCAAACAAGAAAAAAGAAGGCCUAGAUUGCAAAGAUUCGUGUUACAUUUUGCAAGACGAUCAGCUAUGUCCUUUGUUUACAGUGCACGAGAUAAUGAGUAUAACGGCUGACUUGAAACUUGGCCCGUCUGUUUCGAAAGAAUCGAAAGAGUACUUGAUAGAAGGUAUCCUUACGACGAUCGGCCUAACCAGAACGAAAGAAACCAGAUGCGGCAGGUUAUCAGGCGGUCAGAAGAAGAGGCUUUCUAUAGCCCUCGAACUUAUCGAUAAUCCUCCGGUGAUGUUCCUCGAUGAACCGACUACAGGUUUAGACAGUAGCAGUUGUACUCAAACUGUGGCUACCCUAAGAAGAUUAGCCAAAGGUGGUCGUACCAUCGUAUGUACCAUCCACCAGCCGAGUGCUUCGGUGUUCGAGAUGUUCGAUCAUGUUUACGUGAUCGCCGAUGGUUUAUGCGUUUAUCAAGGUUCCUCGUUUAAUAUUAUACCGUAUCUGCAGACGAUAGGAUUGCAUUGCCCGCAAUAUCAUAAUCCGGCCGAUUUCGUUUUGGAAGUUGUUACUGGAGAAUAUGGUCAUUUUUCGUCGCAGCUGGUCGCCAGUGCUAAUAAUCCGUUGUGGCGAACGAAUACGCAAUGCACUAAAGCGAAUACUUUAGUUUUACCUGUCGAGGACUUCGAUGAGUAUAGUAUUAACAACGGUAUACAGAAAUUUAGCGAAUUAUACUCCGCACCUUCGGAAAUUUACAGAUUUUUCAUUUUAGCUAGAAGAUGCGCUGUGAAAUUGUACAGAGAUUGGACGGUGUCUCAUUUAAAAGUAGCCUUACAUUUUCUCGUAGGCAUUUUCAUCGGUGUAUUGUACUCGGAGUGCGGUGUAGAUGCGAGCAAAAGUAUAUAUAAUGUGGGAUUUCUCAUCGUAUCUUUAGUCUAUUUAAGCUAUACAUCUUUAAUGCCGGCCAUUUUAAAAUUUCCUACCGAGUUGAAUGUAAUUAAAAAAGAGCAGUUCAAUAAUUGGUAUAAAUUGAAGACGUAUUAUUUAGCCUUUUUAUUCGUGAAUAUUCCUAUGCAAAUGUUAUUCACCGUGGUGUACGCGAUAUUUGCAUAUUAUUUAUCAUCUCAAGUAUUAGUGUAUUGGCGAUUCCUCAAGUUUUUAUUGGUAUGCAUGUUGACGACGCUGAUAAACGAAGGUUUCGGUUUAUUUUUGGGAACCAGUCUUUCUCCAGUUAACGGAGUUUUCAUGGGAGCGGUGUUGAUCUGUUUCUUCAUCCUGUUCGCCGGAUACGUGGUACUUUUCGCCCAUAUGCCCAGAUUACUGUAUUACGUUUCGUAUUCGAGCUACUUCCGGUACGCUUUCGAAGCGUUGGUGCAGUCGGUCUACGGAAACAAUCGUGAAAUUCUGAAAUGCCCCAUAGAGGAAACCUAUUGCCAUUACAGAUACCCGCAGAAGAUAUUCGAAGAACUGGGCAUGGAUGAGACUCGUUACGUGAAGGAUGUACUUAUGUUAUUUUUCUUUUUAGUCUUGUUCUUCGUAAUGAGCUUCUUUAGUUUAAGGCAUAAUAUUAGAAAGGGUUGAAUUUCAUUAGUUUAGUGUCUGUACAUAUUAUAGAUACCUAUACAUUUUGACGUUUACCUGCUACGAUACUCAUUGAGCCGCGUGCGUCGAUGUAAGACUGACCUCUUCAUUUUACCCCCGUGCCUCCUACUCAUCUUUUUAUUAGGCCUAUAUUUCUGAUAUUGUCCGGCCGACGAGUUGUGCAUUGUGAAUCGUGUUUGGACUAUAAUACGUGGAAAUCUGAGUUUUUUCUUUUCCUCCUCCUCCGUGUGUCCCUUCCCAAGUGCUCGUUUAUAUUUAUACUUGAUUCGAAAUCGAAAACGAGCUUGUUUUUAUAUUAGAUGAAUGUAAUAUGCACGAUGUGUGGUAUGAUUUUGAGACGUAAUGUUUAUGAAUUAAAUUUUGUGAUAAUCUUAUUAUUUAUACGUACCUAUUUGUGUGUGUGUGUUUUUUUGUGUAAGUGUACUUCUGUACUAUACUUAUAUUAUAAGCAUGAUACGACUUAUGUAUUUUGUGCUCAUUACUUUUUUCGAAUCCGUUUAAGCAAUAAUUAUAGAUACCUAUUAGUUAUUGAGAAAUUUUAAAUUCAAAAAUGAACGUUGAUCGUAAGAACGUCGUGUUUUUACGGUUACCUACCUUUUCAUUGUUACCAAUUUAUUUGUACGUAUGAAAAAACGAUUUGUGUAUGAUUUUUUUUUUUUAUACUGCAAUAAAAGACAAGGUGUAA